AUGGGUCGUCGAAUCGUCUCUGGUGGCUGUCACCCAGCGGAGCAGAAAAACGACGACUUUGCAGCUCUCCGACGGCUGUCACCCGAUGAUGGCGAGCGGGACUUGUCUCCAUCAACUCAGGAGACACCGGCAGUCCUUCAGCCCGAUCAAAGCGCGAAGAUGAAGGAGCCAGGCUUUCGCUACACAGCCUAGCCCUUCGGGACGACGACAUUCCACCUCCACGACGACGACAAGCUCGAGCUCACCCUUAUCUUAGUUUAAUUAUCAGCUACAACAGACGGACUACACCGGCGACAUCAGUAGGGUCUGCACUACCCCCCCGUCCGCCACCAGCCGAUGCAUCCAAUCGUGCUAUGGCUACAUCCCAAGCCCAUAUCACUUGUUUCAAGUGUAAGGGUAAGGGGCAUCGGAUGAGCCAAUGCCCAUCUUCGAAUCUCCUCAUAGAGAUCGAAGAAUUGGGUAGCGGUUCACACGAGGAUGACGUCCCUGUAGGCGAUGAUGUCUACAUUGCUGACGAGGGUUUGGCCAAGGAGUGUGAUGACUGAUAAGUGACGUGACUUAGUUGUUGUAUAUUAAAUCACGCAAAUAUAAAAUUUAUAAAACUAGAAAAUACGAAUUUUUGGAUAUUUAGAAGUAUUUCUAAAUAAAUAUAUCAAUUAUAAUUUAAUAAAACUUCCAAAAAUAGCAGUAAUUUCCCAAGUCGAUCACAGGGAUGUAAUAUAAUAUUUUGUAAUUAUUCAGAUUUUUUCUCAAUGAAUACGAUUUUCUAUGAUUUUUAUACUAGAAAAUGAAAAGGAAAUAUAUUUAAAAUUAACGAAAAAAAGGAAAUAAGGGUGCGGACGUCAGGAUGACGUCAGCACCCGGCGAACACGAAUCGGGCAGAAACAGAGUUCCGCCCGGCGAUUCUUACGUAAACGAUUACAGACGAUUUAAUUAAUCAAAUUAAGAUCUAUAAAAGCCGGAAGAAUCGUAAUUGAACGAAGUAUAGUUUGGUAAAUUAAAAUCACACAAAGUAUCACUAAAUGAAGCGUAAAUUAAAUUGAAAGUAGGAAAACAGAGUUCCGACAUCGCGACGCCGACGCGUCAGCGAUGCACCAGAAUCCUGAGCAUUCGGGAGGAUCGUCGUGUAGUGUCCAUGGCCUCAAAGGCUCUCCUUGGACAAAGACGACGUGGGCAAUCUCUAGAUCUUCUCGCGAAGUCUAGAGAUUAAUGAAAUGGGUCGUCGAGUCGUCUCCGGCGGCUGUCACCCGGCGGAGCGGAAAAACGGCGACUUUGCGGCUCUCCGGCGGCUGUCACCCGACGGAGAGGAGCUAGAUGGAGGUGGGGCGCGUGUCAGGGAGCUUCAUCCUCAGGUCCGCGCAGCAAGAGGAGGCUCUUCAUCGCAUCUGGUAUGCUCUCAAGAGGUGGCGACUUGUCUCCCGGCGGAUCGUCCUCUUCCUGACGACGGCUUGUUCGUCGAUCAAUCGAAGAUGAUUUACUCGAUGGAUUCACGAUCCUUUUAUCGCGAAUCGUUCAGCAAUUUUAGUAGCAAUGCUCCGCGAAUCGCGUUGACGAGAUUUUUGCUGAUGAUCUAGCGAUUCUCGUUGCUUAAUCCUUCACCGGCGAUCUGCAAGAAAGUCGCGAUAAUCAGAUAAAAAUAUAUGAAUUUUGACUCUAGGAGGAUUCGAACCCAUGCCGGUCGCUCGCCUGUGAGGAAGGUGUGACGCGGGUUUAGUCCCACAUCGGUUGUGCACCGAUUUUUCGGGCGAAUAUAUAGUAAUGUUAGCUUUGUAAGCAAAGUCUCUUCUCUCGCGUGUACGACCACUCCUUGCCCCACAGCCGGCUGGCCACCGGCAACGUGGAAGGGGGAGUGGCAUACACGUGCCCUAUCGGUCCCCAAGCCAAGCCGCUCGAGCCCCUGCUCGCGGCUACUCUCCCCCCGACUGCGCUUCCGACCCGCUUGCGGGCCCGGCUGGCCGGCGGGUCCCCCAUUUUUGCAAUAUUUUUAUUUUUAUUUCUUGUUCUUCAUUUAUCUCGAAAGUAAGACUGUAA